AAUUUAAAAAAAGAAAAAAAAACAAAUCCAGCAUUUUCAUAGUUUCAUCCCUCUCGGUGCUGUGUUCACUUUCUUCUUCUUCACCACCCAAAAAUCAAAUUCCCUCUUUUCGAACCCAAUUUUCUCCAUAAACCCUAGAUUCACCGAACCCACUGACCCAACAAGAAACCCACGACUUGAGCAACAGCUUUUAGGCUCCGAGGUUGUUGCGUCGGAGCAUCGUCAUGUGUUCCUCUCGACGAAAUUGACAAUUUUUCAUAACAUCUGGUCGUGUUUCGUUUGUGGGGUCACCGUGACGAAGGAAAAGUAACGAGCUUUGUGGUUGAAUCUUGGUGGGUCUCUCGAGUAUGCAUAGAUCUGGAGCUACGAUGGCUUGGAACGUGUUCAAGUUCUGCACUGCUCUGCGAGGACUGGGCUCGAUCAUGAUUCUGUUGGUUCUUGGGGUCAUUGGUGUCACUUACUAUGCUGUUGUUUUGACCAGCUAUGUCCCUGCUUUGUAUGCUGGAGGACUUGAUUCUCUUGUUGCCUUGGUAGUGUUGAUCUUGUUUCACAGCUUGUUGGUUAUGCUGUUGUGGAGUUACUUCUCUGUUGUUUUUACCGAUCCGGGGAGUGUCCCACCAAACUGGAGACCUACAAUUGAUGAGGAAAGAGGAGAGGCUGAUCCGUUAGUUGGGACAGAGUUUAGUAAUGUGCAGUCUGAUCCCAGUCAACGGAUUCGGUACUGUCGGAAGUGCAACCAGCUAAAGCCACCUCGAUGCCAUCAUUGUUCAGUUUGUGGACGUUGUGUUUUGAAGAUGGACCACCAUUGUGUGUGGGUAGUCAACUGUGUUGGGGCUCUAAAUUACAAGUAUUUCCUUCUAUUCUUGUUCUACACGUUUCUUGAGACAACUCUAGUGACUGCAUCCCUGCUGCCACAUUUCAUAUCAUUCUUUAGUGAUGGAGAAAUCCCUGGAACCCCUGGCUCCCUUGCUACAACUUUUCUUGCUUUUGUUUUAAACCUGGCCUUUGCACUGAGCGUCUUGGGAUUUCUCAUUAUGCACAUAUCUUUGGUGUCAGCUAAUACAACCACUAUUGAGGCAUAUGAGAAGAAAACUACUCCAAAAUGGCGUUAUGACCUUGGUCGUCGGAAAAAUUUUGAGCAGGUUUUUGGGAUGGACAAAAAAUACUGGUUCAUUCCUGCUUAUUCAGAUGAAGAUAUACGAAAGAUGCCAGCUCUACAAGGUCUUGAGUAUCCAUCAAAACCUGACUUUGAUUCCCAAUAAUUCUAAAUGCUAAUAUAUAUCCACAUCAUGUAACAAAAGAUAUGGAGAUUCCACAACCCUCUACUUUCACUCUCUAACAGAAUCUAGCGUGUAAGUAAAUGUGGGCCCCAUUCAAUUCGUCUGCACAGACACCUAGUAUGUUGUUUUGUCUAUUUUUUAAAAAAUGUUUUUUAAAGGUGCUUGUGUCAUGCUCAAAUGAAGGUAGCAAUGGGGGGCAGGGCGGUGUGAUGAUGCUUUGAGGGGCUAAUGUGUUUAUGUUCCCAUAGUUGUUAGGAACUGUUUGUCAAGCAAUGCAAUAUUCUUAACUUUUUUAUUCAA